AGUGAGACUUUUUUCAUAACGUGUAUUAAGCAGCAUAUGCUGAAACACUGCACGUUUCAUAUAUUUUAAUUGAUAGUUUAUUGAAUUUAAUUCAGUAUGCGUGUUUUAUUACUGUUAGCCAGGGAUGUAUAAUAACACGUCUAACUUAAUGUGGAGUCGGACCUAUUUCUUCGACAAACGUUGACAGCCAGUGCUUAGGUCGCUUCGAAACAUGGCCACCAUGAUGGAGUAAACGCUUCAACUUUAAUUUUCACAUUUUUUGAAAAAAACUUAGUCAUUUUCUGUAUUUUCACUGGAAUGUUUCUUAAUGAAAUACUGUAUCGAACAUACAACCCAAAUGCAAUCGUCAGGAAAAGUUCGUUGUUGGAUUUAACAUUGGUUUAAGUUGGCUGGAAGCUGGAAAGGAAAAAAAGAAUUGCAUCAAUUCCAAUGUCAUCAGAGGACAGGAGUCGGGAGCCUCGUGACCUCCGUCGACCUCCGGCCCCGGCCAGCGGCGGGAGGCCUGGCCCCGCCCCCUCUGACAGGCGUCCGCGGGGACGGCCACGGAAAGAUGCCUCCACCACCGUGGCUGCUGCACGGGCUGCCGCCGCCGCUGCACGAGCCCCCGUCACACGCGCCCCUGCCCCCACCCCCAAACCCCGCAAGAAGGGGCGGAGCCGAGGGAGAGCCCAAGCUGAGAAUGAGGAGAGCAUGGAGGGAUCAGAGAACAAACAGACAGGGGUUAAGGAGUCAGUCCUGCCUGUUGAAGAGGAGAGCAAAGUCACACCGCUCUCAGUCUCUAAAGACAUCAGAUCCAGUCCCAAUCCUACUCCCAGUCCCUGUUCCAAUCCUAGUCCCACACUCGACCCCAGCUCUGAACCAGUCCCAGACAUCAUCUUGGGUCCCGACCCAAUCGAUGUGAGACUUGACCCCAGCAAUUCUGCUCCCAAUUUAGAUCUGAACCCCAACCCUAGCCCCAGGCUUAUUCCUAGCCCUGGACAUAGCCCCAGCCCCAGUCCAGUCUCUUGUCCCAUCCCUAUCCUGAGAGCAGACAGACUUAUCCCUAGCCCUAACCCCAGUCCAAAUUUCAGCCCCUGCCCCAGCCCCAGCCCAUGCCCCAGCCCCUGUUCCAGGCUCAUGUUCUGCCCCAGGGACGACGGCUCUCUCUCCCCCCUCUUCCAGCGCUCGGUAUCAGAGGACUCUGCUGGCUCCUCAGCCUCGGCCAUGGGGCACGCCAAAAUACGAGUGAAGUUGUGUGCCUUCUGUUACUGUGGUGAGGGCAGUGUCCUGGGCCAGGGGGAGCUCAAGGUGUUUGGCCCCACCCCCGGUUACGUGCCCCUCCACAUCCGGAACCGUCGUGGAAGCUCGGAGAAGGACGACGAUUACCAUGACGACGACUACUACCAAGAUGACAGGAGCCCUGGGCAACGGGGGCGGGGUUUCACAAAGGUCAGUUCUCCAGACAGUGGUCUCCACUCCUCCUCUGCCCCCGGCAGCACUGACCCCUCAGGGGAGGAGCCAGGCGGUACCGUCUGGGACGAGCUGGGGCAGAUUGGCCUGCCCCACGACAUCAACGUCCAGUCCCUGUUCGACCCCACAGGUCAGUGCUGCGCCCACCUGCAGUGUGCUGCAUGGUCCGAGGGGGUGUGUCGGGGCGAGGGCCAGUCGCUGCUCUACGUGGACAAAGCCAUAGACUCGGGAAGCACAGAGUUCUGUGCGUACUGUAAGCGCCUUGGAGCCUCGGUCAAGUGCUGCGAGGGCAGCUGCUGCCGGUUCUACCACUUCCCGUGUGCGGCGGCGGCAGGAGCUUUCCAGGACAUGACGCUGCGCUCGCUCCUCUGCCCCGACCACCUGCAGCUCACCACGCACCCGUUCCAGUCCACCGUGGUGUGUGAGGUGUGCUCCAGCCCCAGCGACCUGCAGGACCUCCUGCUGUGCUCCAGCUGUGGCCGCCACUACCACGGCUCCUGUCUGGAGAUGGGCACCACGCCUCUCAGGAGGGCAGGCUGGCAGUGCCCGCCCUGCAAGGUCUGCCUCACCUGCAGGACCCGUGGUGACGACAGCCAGAUGUUGGUGUGUGAAGUCUGUGAUAAAGGUUACCACACCUACUGUCUGCAGCCUGUCAUGGAACAUACACCCACCAACAGGUGGAGGUGUAAGAACUGUCGGGUGUGCAGCCAAUGCAGUGUAAGGGCGUCCGGUCAGUGGGCCAAUCACCCAUCGCUGUGUGAGGUGUGUCGGCCUGCCCUGCCCUGCCCCUUCUGUGGCCGUGCCCCAGACCCCAACAAGCCUCACGACUAUUUCACCUGCAACACCUGCAAGAGAUGGGUGCAUACAGAGUGUGUGAACCAGGGAGGGGGGGAGGGAGCUGACCCCCCCUUUCAAAAUAACUUUGAAUGCAGUCUUUGUAAACCGUUGGAUCUGGAGACGGACAUGGAGAUUAGCCAAUCACACACCAGCCCUAGUCAUAUCAGCCUAUCCCUGCCUAGCCCCUUCCAAACACAGACAUGUUCCAAUCAUGCUAGCCCAACACAUACUAGCCCAGCACACGUUGGCUCUACCACUGUUAGCCUAAUCAAUGUUAGCCCAACUCAUGAGAGGCCUAUGCAUGCUAGCCCCAUGCAUGUCCCUGUCGUUGCAAGCCCAGUUCAUGCCAGCCCCAGCCAUGCUAGUCAAAUUAGCUCCAUACCUCCAAGCCCUUGCCCAGCCCAGACAGAAACUAACCCCAUGUGCACUCAGGAUAGCCCCAUGGAGUCUAGCCCUAUACAUUCUAGUCCACCUCACGCAAGUCCAUCUCAUUCUAGCCGCGCUCAUUUAAACCCUACAUCACCUUCAUGUCCUUCCCAGGCACCGUCUAGCCCAAUGUGCACUCAAGCUAGCCCAACAGAUGCUAGCCCAACUGAUUCUAUGCCAACAGAUGCUAGCAUAAAAGAUGCUAACUCAACCGAUGUUAGUGCAGCAGGUGCUAGCCCAACACAUGUUAGCAGUCCUCAUGUUAGCCCAACACAUGCUAGCCCACCUCGUGUUGGCCACAAUCAGCUGAGCCUUAACUGUGCUAGCCAUAGCCAUGAUGGCCUCAUUCAUGCUAGUCAAACUAAUGCAAGUGCUAGCCCUAGUCAUAUGAGCCCCGUCCACAUCUGCCCAAGUCCAGACCAGAUGUAUCCUAGCGUCAUGGAGGACAGACCCAUCACACCUUCCCCUCUCCAGACACAAUCUAGAACCUCCUACACCAUGUCCAGUCCUUCCCAGGACACACAGGACAGCCCUGUAAACACAAACUCCACCAUGUAUAUGCAGUCCAGCCCCAAACAGGAUAGCCCUACACACUUAAGUCCCAGGCCACCUAGCGCUAGUCCACUAAGCCCCAGUCCACUUAGCCUCUUACCCAACCAGACACAGGCAAGCACAGACAUACAAACCGAGUAUAGUCCAACCUCACCCUGCCCUGCAUCACCAAGCUCCAGUCCACCUAGCCCCAGCUCUGCUCAGGCCCAGACGAGCCCCGCUUUGACUUAUAAUAGUCCUGUUGUUAGCCCAUUCUCCACACCAGCAAGCCCAGCCCCACCCACCUCAACCCCUGUAAGCCCAGCCCAUCUCCAGCCCACCUCAACCCCACCAAGCCCUGCCCAAGUCAAACCCACCUCAUCCCCAGCAAGCCCUGCCCAGCUCCUACCCACCUCAACCCCAGCAAGCCCUGCCCAGCUCCUACCCACCUCAACCCCAGCAAGCCCUGCCCAUCUCCAACCCACCUCAACCCCAGCAAGCCCUGCCCAGCUCCAACCCACCUCAACCCCAGCAAGCCCUGCCCAUCUCCAACCCACCUCAACCCCAGCAAGCCCUGCCCAUCUCCAGCCCACCUCAACCCCAGCAAGCCCUGGCCAGCUCCAACCCACCUCAACCCCAGCAAGCCCUGGCCAGCUCCAACCCACCUCAACCCCAGCAAGCCCUGCCCAGCUCCAACCCACCUCAACCCCAGCAAGCCCUGCCCAUCUCCAGCCCACCUCAACCCCAGCAAGCCCUGGCCAGCUCCAACCCACCUCAACCCCAGCAAGCCCUGCCCAGCUCCAACCCACCUCAACCCCAGCAAGCCCUGCCCAGCUCCAACCCACCUCAACCCCAGCAAGCCCUACCCAUCUCCAGGCCACCUCAACCCCAGCAAGCCCUGGCCAGCUCCAACCCACCUCAACCCCAGCAAGCCCUACCUAUCUCCAGCCCACCUCAACCCCCGCAAGCCCUGGCCAGCUCCAACCCACCUCAACCCCAGCAAGCCCUGUCCAUGAAGCCACUGAUCCAGAGCCAGAACCAACAAUGGAUGUAUUCAUGGCUGUUGUGGAGCCAGAGAGGGAGGAAGAGAUGGACGAGGAAGAGGAGGAUGAGGUGGUGAAUCAUAAGGAGGUGCAGCUAGAAGUGGAGGAAAAGGAGCAGAACGACCUGCAACUACAGGAAGAGGAGGAAGAGAUGGAGGUACAACUGGAGGAGGACAUUCUGCAGCAAAAUGAGGUGGUGGAUCUAAUCGAGAAGGUGCAACACAUGGAGGUGCAGGAGCCGAAGUGGGAUGAGGAGAAGGUAGAGGAGCACCAGGAUCUGUUGCUGCAGCCGUUUCAGAGGGAGGAGCUACAGCAGAGGGAGGAGCUACAGCAGAGGGAGGAGCUACAGCGUGAGGAGGAGCUACAGCAGAGGGAGGAGCUACAGCAGAGGGAGAAGCGACAGCGUGAGGAGGAGCUACAGCAGAGGGAGGAGCUACAGCAGAGGGAGGAGCGACAGCGUGAGGAGGAGCUAAAGCAGAGGGAGGCGCUACAGCUUGAGGAGGAGCUACAGCUUGAGGAGGAGCUACAGCAGGAGGAGGAGCUACAUCAUGAGGAGGAGCUACAGCAGGAGGAGGAGCUACUGCAGAGGGAGGAGCUACAGCAGAAUGAGGGCCUAAAGCCAGAGGAGGAGUUGCUGGAGGAGGGGCUAAAGUUGGAGGAGGGGCUAAAGCAGAAUGAGGAGUUACAUGAGGAGGAGCUAAAGCAGAAUGAGGAGUUACAGGAGAAGGAGCUAAAGCAGAAUGAGGAGUUACAGGAGGAGGAGCUAAAGCAGAAGGAGGAGUUACAGGAGGAGGAGCUAAAGCAGGAGGAGGAGUUACAGGGGCAGAAGGAGGAGCUGCAAGAGGAUCUGCGUUUGGUCGAGGAGGAUCAACAACAUGAAGUGCAGCAGCUUGAGAAGGAAGAGGAACAGAACGAGGAGGAGGAGCAGAUGGAGGAGCAGGAGGAGGAGAUGUCUCAGGAGGCAGAUGCUACUGUCAGCCUUCAACAGAAGGAGGAGGAGCAGGAGGAGGAGGAGAUGUCUCAGGAGGCAGAUGCUACUGCCAGCCUUCAACAGAAGGAGGAGGAGCAGGAGGAGGAGGAGAUGUCUCAGGAGGUAGAUGCUACUGCCAGCCUUCAACAGAAGGAGGAGGCGGAGGAAUUGAAAAUGUCUCCAGCAGGGCCUGACUCUGCCCAGGAGAUCCAGGUGACAGUCACCCUGACUGAGGGACCAGAGGCAUCUUCUACUGCUGCCUCUCUAGGGGACGCCUCUCCACUCUCACUCCAAGCCUCCUCCCAGACUUCCCCCCUCUCCCUCCAGACCCUUCCAGUCUGUCCCUCUCAAGUCUCUCCCACCAGACCUCAGGCCUCGCCCCUCUCCCCUCAGGCCUCGCCCCUCUCACCACAGGCCUCACAACUGUCUGCCCAAGCCUCCAAUACCUCACCGCUGGCCUCACCCCAGGCUUCACCCCUCUCACCUCAGGCCUCACCCCUCUCUGCCCAAGCCUCCAAGACCUCAGCUCAGGCCUCACCCCUCUCACCCGAGGCCUCACCCCUCUCACCUCAGGCCUCACCCCUUUCACCCGAGGCCUCACCCCGAGCCUCACCCCUCUCACCCCAGGCCUCUCAUCUCUCUGCUCAAGCCUCCAAUACCUCACCCCAGGCCUCCCCCCUCUCACCCCAGGCCUCACCCCAAACCUCUAAUACCUCACCCCAGGCCUCCCCCCUCUCACUCCAGGCCUCACCCCGAACCUCCAAAACUUCACCCCAGGCCUCCCCCCUCUCACCCCAGGCCUCCCCCCUCUCACCCCAGGCCUCACCCCAAACCUCCAAUACCUCACCCGAGGCCUCAGCCCUCUCACCCCAGACUUCAGCCCAGGCCUCACCCCUCUCACCCCAGACCUCACCCCAGGCCUCACCCCUCUCACCCGAGGCCUCACCCCUCUCCCCCAAGGCCUCAUCCCUCUCACCCCAGGCCUCAACCCAGGCCUCACCCCUUUCACCCCAGACUUCAACCCAGGCCUCACCCCUCUCACCCCAGACUUCAGCCCAGGCCUCUCUCCUCUCUGCCCAAGCCUCCAGUAGCUCACCUCAGGCCAGCCUAUUCUCGCCCCAGGCCUCACCCCUUCCAGAGUCUCCUUCAAGGACUAGGCCACUAGCCCCUGCCUCACCUAUCUCCCUCAGGGAUUCUCCCCUUAACUCCCAGGCCUUCCCACUCACUGAAUCUAGUGCAAAAACCUCAGCCGAUGCCUCACUCCCUUCCCCCCGGAGAACAACCACAUCUCCCCAUCUUGUACCUUCCUCCCCCCUCACUAGUUCUUCCUCCAGGGCAUUCUCUCCAGCAGCUCUCUCCCCAGUCUUCCCCAAUGCCUCCCCUGUCUGCUCCCAGAGUACUGAUUAUCCAGUGGAGGAACACCAAGAAAAGGAAACGAUCAUUAAGGAGCCAGAACCUGUAAAGGGGGCGGUACCAACGCCGGCAGAGGCACUGCUCAGUGAUACGGAGGAGGAGAAGAGCCAAUCAGAGGCCUCCAAACCUGCCUUUGUCAUUCUCACCAAAGAAAAUAUGUCCCAUGAAACUUUCCAGGACAAAGUACAGGAGGAGGAGGAGCCUAUGGAAAUAGCAGUGGAACCCACCCCUUUAGAACCUGAUGUACCAGAGGAGAACAUUGAGGAGAACCUUUUAAAACCCAUGGUGGAUAUUUCAGAGGAGGUGAGUAAGGAGGGCAGAUCUGAGGAAGAGGAUAAAUAUGAGGAGCAGAGUUUGGAGGAAAAUGAGAAACAGGAGGAGCUGGUGGAGAGUCAGCAGGAGGAUGAAGAGGAGGAAGAGGAGGAGACGGAGAUAUUGGAUAUAUUUGAACAGGGGGACGUGCCUCCCAGUGUUUUAUCUGAGGCAGAGGAUAUACUAGGAGCCACAGGCUUCAGCCCUAUUGCUGACCUGGAUAGCACUGUCGACAUGGAGAUGGACAACACCCCUACCAGCCAUCGUAGCCUAUCAGAACCCAGCUCUCCUCGAGGGCGGGGCCGAGACUCCCAGACUCACCGCAGUUGGUCGCCUGAUCUGUCCCUCAGACUGACUCAGUCUCCCUUCUCCACAGAGGCUUCUCCCAGAGAGGCUACUCCCUCUCCCACCAGAGAAGCCUCUCCACCCAUGAGGGAGGCUAUCCAUUCUCGGGCUCUGACUCAAAUCCAGUCCCAGGCUCAGCCUCAGGCCCAGUCUGGAUACAACUCCAGUGGGCUUCCCACCACCAUUAUCCCCCUCACCCCCAAGAUUGGCAUGGGCAAACCUGCUAUCUCCAAGAGGAGGUUUUCCCCAGGACGACCCAGAGUCAAACAGGGAGCAUGGUGGAGUCCUCGCAGGGUGGGCAGCCCCCCCCAGCAGCAGGAGGAGUCUGGGCAAGGGGGGUGGGACAGGGACAGCCCUAGAACCCGGCCCCCCCAGGACGCUGCUGCCUGGAGCAUGAGAGUGGGGCGAGGCUCAGGGUUCCCAGGUAGGCGGAGACCCAGAGGAGCCAACCUAUCAGGGCGAGGAGGGCGUGGGCGAUCCAGGCUGAAGGCUGACCCCAACCUCAUGGUGACCCCCGGGGCCCUGAUGGUUGAGCAGCCUUACAUGGUGAAGGAGGAGGAGGAAAACAGCAUGCACAACACUGUGGUUAUGUUUUCCACCUCCGACCACUUCACUCUCAGACAGGACAUGUGUGUGGUGUGUGGGAGCUUCGGAAAGGGAGCAGAGGGCCGACUGCUGGCAUGCGCCCAGUGUGGCCAGUGUUACCACCCCUUCUGUGUUAACAUCAAGAUCACCCGUGUGGUCCUGAGUAAAGGCUGGCGUUGCUUGGAGUGUACGGUGUGCGAGGCGUGCGGUGAGGCCAGCGACCCCGGGCGGCUGCUGCUGUGUGACGACUGUGACAUCAGCUACCACACCUACUGUUUGGACCCUCCCCUGCACACCGUCCCCAAGGGAAGCUGGAAGUGCAAGUGGUGUGUGUCCUGUACCCAGUGUGGUGCCACCUCCCCAGGCCGUGGGUGUGAGUGGCAGAACAACUACACCCGCUGUGGCCCCUGUGCCAGCCUGGAGUCGUGCCCGCUGUGUGCCAGGAGCUACCGUGACGACCAACUCAUCCUGCAGUGUCGCCAGUGUGACAGGUGGGUGCAUGCCAGCUGCCAGGGUCUGAACUCGGACGAGGACGUGGAGAAUGCUGCUGAUGACGGCUUUGACUGCUCUCUUUGUACCACACAUAGCCUGCCCUCGCAUGCAAUGUUAAUGGACCACAAGGAAGCUCCAAUCAUGGCCCAGAUAGUAUCCAGAAUCCGAGAGACGGAGCACCAGAAGACCUACACCCAGGACGGCGUGUGUCUGACCGAGUCGGGCCUGUGUCAGCUCCAGAGCCUGGUAGUGCCCUCGUCACGGCGCCGCAGGUCCAAGCCCAAACUGAAGCUGAAGAUCAUCAACCAGAACAUUGUGUCUGUGCUCCAGACCCCCCCGGACCCCCACUGUGAGCUGUCCCGCGACGGAGACCUGGAUGACAGCAAGGCAGAUAUGAUGGACUGUGACGUAAAGUCGGACUCCAGCCCUGAACGUGCUCAUGCUGAUGAUGACGCCAAGGGGUCAGAGGUCACGAACGGCAACAAGAAGAGGAAGAGAAAGCCAUAUAGACCGGGUAUUGGUGGCUUCAUGGUGCGACAGAGGAGCAAAGCUGGACAAGGCAAAACCAAACGAUCCCUCUCCAGGAAGGAUUCCACAGGCUCUCCAACAGAGCAGGGCAAGGAGGAAGUCUGGAAUGAUGGCGAGGGUGGCCCGGGAGAGGAACAAGCCCCUGUGCCUGUGGAGGGUCUGGAAAAGGUCAGGAAGAGAUACCGUAAACAGAAGACCAAGCUGGAGGAGGCCUUCCCCUCCUACCUGCAGGACGCCUUCUUUGGGAAGGAGCUGAUGGAUAAGAGCAAGCAGGGGAGGAGGUCGGGAUUCGAACCCAUGGGUCUGAGCGAGGAGCCGUCUGGGCUGCGGGUGGAGACCAAACACCCCGCCGCUCGCUUCCUGGACCCCUCGUCCGACCCCCUGCUAAGCUCCUCCUCUGCCACGCCUAUCUCUAGGACGGGAGGAGUGCUGCCCCAUGAUGAGGAUCCCUUAGUGGACCUCUCCGAGGUCCUGACCACCGACGCUGACCUGCUGGGGAUGCUGUCUGAGGAGCUGGUGAAGCCAGGGAGAGACUCAGGUCUUGAUUUAGGCCCUUUCCAGGUGGACAGUUCUCCCUCUCCCUUUGCUGGUCUGGACAUUGGCCCCAUCACAGAUGACCCCUCUCUGACCUCUCCGCCCUCAGCAGGGGGACGGAGCUCUAGACCAGUGCAGGAUGAGCCUCUGGAUGCCAUCUUGAGUCCUGAACUGGACAAGAUUGUGACUGAUGGUGCAAUUCUCAGUAAGCUCUACAAGAUACCAGAGCUGGAGGGGAAGGACGUGGAGGAUCUCUUCACUGCUGUACUGAGUCCCAGUACAAGCCAGACUCUGCAGCCCCCUCACCCCCACUCAGGCCACCCUCCUGGGCCCAGCAGACCUGGAGGCAUGACCCUACAACAGCCAGGCAACGGUGGAAUGUUUCCACGAAUGCCCACGAUGAACGGGAUGAUUGGGCCCAACGCCCUCUUUCCUCCAAAUCCCAGGAUGCCUGGCGGUGGCAACUUCUCCCCACUCCAUAGAAUGCCCUUUCCUGAGAACAUGAGGGACAGGAAGUUGAAUCAGAUGGGGGGUGAUGUGAUUGGUCCGUGGAGUGCGUCCGGCGCUGGCGGGGUAGCGGGGCCGCCUCCAGAGACGGAGUCUGAAACCAUGUCGAAUGCCCAGCGCAGCACCCUGAAGUGGGAGAAAGAGGAGACUCUGGGGGAGAUGGCCACCGUGGCUCCUGUUCUCUACACCAACGUCAACUUCCCCGCACUGAGGGAGCAGUAUCCAGAGUGGUCCACUAGAGUGAAGCAAAUUGCCAAGAUGUGGAGGAAGGCUAGCGCCCAGGACAGAGCUCCCUAUGUGCAAAAAGCGAGGGAUAACCGUGCAGCGCUGCGUAUCAACAAGGUCCAGAUGUCCAAUGAUCCUCUGAAGAGAAAUCCCCAGCAGACUACACCCGAACCUUAUGACCCUAGCGUUUCCAUGGAGACCGACUUGCUGUUUAAAGACCCCCUGAAGCCUAAGGAGUCUGAACAUGAGUUGGAGUGGAAGUUAAGACAGGGAGAGUUAAAUCAGAUGUGGGGACCCGAUAAGGCGCGGCAGGAAAAACUGGUCCCAAAAAGCAAAGCCAUAAAAUCAACCAAUAAAGACGUCCUAUUUGGACAUUCCAACCAAUCAACAAUAGCUACCGGAGGUGGCAAAGUGUCUCUGCAAAUGAGACAGAAGAGUAAGCAACAAGCCAAAAUUGAAGCCACUCAGAAGCUGGAGCAGGUUAAGAGCGAGCAACAGCAGCAGAGACAACAGAUGCUGAUUGGCCAAUCUGGAGGAGACUCUGCCGACAGCAGUGGUGAUCGGAGCCCCUUGACCCCCCAAUCCAGUGGAGGAAAUGCAUCCCCGCUACAACCAAUCGCAUCCAAGGAUGGGUUCACUAGGCCCGCCCUCCAUACAGGCUGUAGCACAGGUUCGCCUGAUGACGUGUUCCUUAGACCCCAAGCUCCACCCCCAUCCGCUGGCUCCAACAGGACCCACCUCCACGACCCUUCCUACCAACAACAGCCUCAACAGGCCCAGGCUCAACUUCAACUCCAGGCCCAGGCCUCACCCCAGGGCCAGCCUCAGUCCCCCCAGAUGUUCUCCCCAGGUUCUUCCACUUCCAGGCCCUCCUCUCCCUGGGACCCCUACGCUAAGAUGGUUGGUACCCCUAGACCCCCAGCAGGGGGCUCCACCACCCCUCGACAAGACAGGGGUAGGCCAUCACCAGUCCAUGAGUCUUUCGGCUCGCCCACAGUCUCUGAUCCUUACUCAAAACCCCCAGAUACCCCAAGGCCUUCUGAGCCCUUCAUGAAGCCUCAGGGACCUCCAAGGACUGGAGCUGACCAGCAGGGGAGGCCGAUAAUGAGCCCCCCAAGCCCUGACCAGUUAGGGAGACUUGGGGGCCAUGGACCCGAGGCUUAUCAAAGAAUGGCCCAUAACAGGAUGGUUCUCUCAGAUCCGUAUGCACGUCCGCUUCUCACCCCUGUCCCAGGCAGCAACGAGGCGGGGUCUGUGCCCGUCUUCAAGGCUCCCAUGCCCCUCCAUCACCAGGUUCCUCAGGACCCUUACAGCUCCAUGCCCGCUGGGAUGAGGCGAGGACUGGCUGACCCAUACGAACGACCCCCUUUGACCCCUAGGCCCAUGGAGGGCUUCCCUCAAGCUCACCAGGGGCACCAGGUUGACCCUUACUCCCAGCGGACGAGCCCCGGGGAGGGAAUGGGUAAAGAGGCACGGGGAAUGCGGCAGCCCCAGGAUGGACAGUUCUCCCAGGGCAUGCAAGGUAUGGCCUCCCCCCUCAGGAACCCGUACGGCCAGGCCCCGGGCACCCCCAGGCCAGAUUACACCCAGAACAUGCCUGACCCUUUCGCUCAACAGCCAGGGACACCGCGACCGUCUGCAGACCCCUACUCCCAUCAGCCAGGCACCCCCAGACCCCCUUCAGAGAGUUACGCCCAGCCCCCGGGCACCCCAAGACCCCACUCAGACCCCUCCUACCUCCAGACCCCAGCCAGCCUCCGACUGGAUCAGUUCAACCAGCAGCUCCAGCAGACAGCCAAUCGCAGGCAGUCUCCGUCUCAUGCCGCUAUGGACCCGUACGCCUCCAUGCCUGGAACCCCCAGAUCGGGCGAUCGGUACCCACGCUCACCUGGUAGUCAGAGGAACGUUCUAGACCCUUACUCCCAGGCUCCAGGAACACCCAGACCGGGACUAUCGGAGCCCUAUGCCCAAGCCCCAGGGACCCCUCGCCCAGGUUCUGUCCCAGAGUCCUUUACCCCACCGGGGUCAAGGCUGUCACCUAUGACCCAGCACCCUGGAGACCCUUACUCACAUCGUUCACCAGGCAGGCUUCAGGCCCCAGGUCCUGCUCACACACCACAGCACCCUGGCAUAGUGGAGGACGGGUUCUCCCUGCCACAAGCCAAUCAAAUGGCAGGUCACGACCCCUUUGAACAAGGUCCAAUGACACCCUGUCCCCAAAACGUGGAGAGAUCAGUGAGUGAAAUUGCUCAGUCAGCAGGUAUCUCAAUAGAGACCCAGAACAUCAUGCAGCCCCAGCUGGGAGACACAGAGGAGAAGCUCAGACAGCGUCAGCGUCUUCGCCAGCUGAUCUUGCGGCAGCAGCAACAGAAAAGCGCCAUCCGCCAGGAAAAAGGUCUACAGGAAGUCAACGCUGCCACUUCCGCUUCCUCCACCCCCAGCCUGGCCAAACCCCAACACUGGCCCUUGGACGACCCCACGGUCCCUCAGCAACAGGCAGACCUAUUUGGCCGCCCACCUCCCCCGUAUCCAGGGACCAUGAGGGCUGGAAUUGGACCCCCUCACCCGCCUGGGGGUGGUGUGAGAUUUCCAGGAACCUUCCUUUCGGAUCAACAGAGGCCUUUCAUUAAUGAGGGCCAGUUUCCCAGGCAACAGUUCUCCAGGGAUGUAAGCGGUAUGGCCACCAUGGGCAACAUGGUCAUGAGACCACAGGGCAUGAGGUUUGGAUUUCCCCCAGGGGCUCCAGGAGGCCAUCAAGACCAGCAGUUCCUGCGACCACCCCACCAGAUGCCUUCAGGAGGUGGACCCAUUCCUGAUAACUUGCCCCCUCAGAUGCGGAGGUCCAUGUCAGUCGACUUUAACAGACCCCUUGGGCCCAAUGGCACCAACCCCCAGAUGGGUCUCCCUCAGCCCUACCCCCCUCGAGGGCUACCAGUCCAGCAGCACAACAUCAUGGGCCAGCCCUUCAUUGAGCUCCGGCAUAGAGCUGCAGAGAACCGGAUGAGGAUGCCGAUGCCGUUCGGACUCCCAGGCCAACCCAACAUGAUGGACACUUCCAUGCAGGGCCAGAGGCACCCAGGCAACCUCCUGGACCCUGCCCAGGGACAGAGACCCGGGCAGGUGGGUAUGGGGAGUCUGGACGGACAUGGGGCCAGGAUGAUGCACCCUAUGUUGGGUCAACCUUCCCAGCAAGCAGUUGUUGGUCACCUCCAGAUGUCUGCGAACAUGGAGAGUCUGAGCCAACAGACUCAGCAAUCCAUGAACACAGGUCAGCAGCAGCAUCAUCACCACCAUCCUCAGAUUUCUAGGUCACACAGCCACCCAGUGACUACGGAAUCCCUCAACACCUCACAACCUGGGGUCGCAACCUUGUCUGGAUCUGGACCCGGUCAGACUGAGGAGACUACGCUACCAGGAGGAGAUGGGAUCGAGGAACAUCUAGAUGCGGACGACUCUGCCGUGAAGGACCUUGAAGAUGUCGAGGUGAAGGAUCUGGUCGACCUCAACUUGAAUCUUGACCCUGAGGACGGUAAAGAGGACUUAGACCUUGGCCCUAACGACCUUCACCUAGAUGACUUCCUGAUGUCGGGGAAGUUUGACCUUAUCGCCUACACUGACCCCGAACUGAAUUUGGAGGACAAGAAGGAUAUGUUCAAUGAGGAGCUGGAUCUAGGAGACCCUAUGGAUGACACGCCAUCCUCUGACCUUCAGAGGGCACUAGCUGAGAAGAGGAGUACCGGGGGAGGAGGAGAUGGAGGAAGCACCUCCAGACACCAGGGGAGGUCUGACACAUCAGCAUCCGCUAGUCAGGUCAAACAGGAGAUAAAUGUAGCCAAGGAGGUCCCAGGGAUGCUACAUACUAAAGAAAACAUCAAGAUAGAGGAGCGAGAGGGUCCUUUGCUACCACAUGAUAUCUCUUCUCAUCAGCCUGGCCAGGUCAGCUCAGGCCCCCUCUCUGGAUCUUCACCAGUCCUCUCCGGCCUCCUAAUCAAGGAGAAGUUGGAAGAAACUGGUAUGGGUUCCACUGGCUCCCCUCACCAGGGAGAUCAAGUUGGGGGGCUGCAGACCAUGCUACCAAGCCAUAUAAACCAGAAUCAUGGGCCCCACAGGGUCAACCCUUCCUUGAGUGGUCCUCCCGGUGGAAACUCUAAUAUAUUCCCUGGAGGUAACCAGCAGAUUCGAGGUUUUGUGGCACCCACUGGACCAAUGGGGGAUCUGAACAUGCCUGUGAUGGGCAGUCGCCAACCUGCACCACAGCACCAUGGUAUUCCACCACAGGGACAACAGCAACUCCAUGGUCUCCCUCUUCAAGCUCCCCAGACCCAUCCCCUCAACAUCCAAGGUCUGGCCCCGCAGGCCCUCCUGGGUCCCCAACAGCAGUCCUUGUUUCCCCAGGGGCCCUCCCAGCAGGGCCCACCCCAACCCGGACAACCCAACCAGGACGCCAACAGGCCACUGCUUCUGGAGGAGCAGCCUCUCCUCUUGCAGGACCUCCUGGACCAGGAAAGGCAAGAACAACAGCAGCAGAGGCAGAUGCAGGCCAUGAUACGCCAGCGGUCCAAUGACACUUUCUUCCCCAACAUGGGCGAGGAGCAAAUAGUUGACUUUGAUACCAUCACAGACCCGAUCAUGAAAGCAAAGAUGGUAGCCCUCAAGGGCAUUAACAAAGUCAUGGCCCAAAGCACUAUGGGAAUAAACCCAAUGGUCAUCAACAGGUUCCAGCAGGUUCCUGGUCCCCCUGCACCAGAGGCUCCCCCCUUACCUCCUCAGGUGCUUGGACAGGAUGGAAAGUUGACUCCACAGAUGGCCAGACCAAACCUACCAAAUUUUGGCCCAGGAUUUGUCAAUGAAGCCCAACGGAGUCAGUAUGAGGAGUGGCUGCAGGAGACCCAGCAGCUCCUCCAGAUGCAGCAGAAGUUCCUGGAGGAGCAAAUCGGAGCCCACAGGAAGUCCAAGAAGGCUCUGUCGGCCAAGCAGCGCACGGCCAAGAAGUCCGGACGGCCGUUUCCUGAGGAGGAUGCCGAGCAGCUCCGACAUGUGACUGAGCAGCAGGGGGUCGUGCAGAAACAACUUGAACAGAUUCGUAAGCAGCAGAAGGAGCAUGUGGAACUGAUUGAGGACUACAGAGCCAAGCAGCAGCAGCAACAACAACAACAGCAACAGAGGGCCCUCCAGACUCCUAUGAUGCCAGUCAUGCCACUUAUGUCAGGGAUGCCCACAGGGGCACCCCCUAUGGCCCAGCCCACCAUGGGACCAAUGAUGGGGCCGAUGCCGCCCCUCCCAGGAAACACUAACCCAGCACGUAUACCUAAUGCACCCAACAUGCCAGGGUGGCAUCCUGGAGGGGCACCCUUGGGAGGACCCGGUCCUAGAGGAAUCAUGCCCCAACAAAUUCCCCAGCAAAUUCCCCAACAAAUUCCCCAGCAAAUUCCCCUCCAGAUACCCCCCGUAACCCCACCUCAACCCCAGACUCCGACUCCACCUUCGAUUGUGCCUAGUGGGUCGGGUACACCAGCUAGCCAGUCUUCAACAGCUGGAGCAGGUCCAGCUGUAGGUAGUGGAGGUGGUUCAGCUAGCACUGCUGGUGGGAAUCCGCACGUGAAGUUCGAUGACAACAACCCUUUCAGCGAGGGCUUUCAGGAGAGGGAGAGGAGAGAGAGGCUGAGAGAGCAACAGGAGAGACAGAGGGUGCAGCUGAUGCAGGAAGUAGAGAGACACCGUGCCCUGCAGCACCGUCUAGACAUGGAGCAACAAGGCCUGGGCAUGGGGCCUGCACUUGGGCCUGGGCCUGGGGCUGGAGUUGGACCUCUUGCUGUGCCCGGAGACACAUCAGCUGGGGAUGGACUCUCCCAGAUGCCAUUUUACAAUGCUGACCUUCCCCAAGACUUUCUCCAACCCUCCCCAAGGCCUCCCCAACAUCAAGGGCUUCAAGGCCAGGGGCAGCCUGGGCAGAUGUUCCCUCAACAAGGUGCCCUACAGCCAGGGUACCCUGCUGGAGGUCCUCCCCCUGCUCAGGGCUUCGUCCAGGGGCAUGGGGACAGAAGAGCAAUGCCUGGACACGGGCUCCUACCUCUGGAGAUGGGACCCAAUGCCAGACCCAGAAACCCUCAGCUGCAGGCCAUGGCUCAGGCUCAAGGUCUUCCCUCUGCCUCAGGUCAGGUGCGUCCUGCUGGGUACGGAGGCCCGGGGAUGCCCCCUCAAGCUGGAAAUGGACACCAUCGGCAUCCUCAUCCAUUCGGGGUGGACUCAUCCUCCACCCCCCUGCCGCCAAACUACCCUGGCUCUGGCCCUUCCCUCAUCCAACUCUACUCUGACAUAAUCCCCGAUGAAAAACCAAAGAAAAAGAGGAACAGGAACAGGAAGAAGAAAGACGACGAACUCUGUGGCGGAGGAGAGUCUGUCCGGACACCAUCGACACCUCGCUCUGACAUCACAGCGCCUCUCACCCCCGCUGUCUCUGACACAUCCUCCACCCCAACGAGAAACCCUGACCUGUCAGAGAUGUUCCAGCAGGCAGGGUCCACCCCUCCAGGUCUGGCACCAUCUUCAGAACUGGAGAGACAGCUGUCAGCCAGCGGCAUGGCCCAGGGAGGGAGCUCCCACCUGGGCUUGGAGAGCGGGCGAAGCCCCCUGUGUGAUGGUACUCGGGAGAUCAAGCUGGAGAGGAUUGAGGGGGGAGAUUGCCGAGGGGCUGCCCUGAAACAUGGACCCAUGGCUGGGGGAACGGUGAAAGUGGAGGAGGGAAGUGAGGGAUUUGCUUCCCCGCUACACAAUUCGACGAAAGAGGGAGAUGCUGGGAAUGAGCUGCUGAAACACCUGCUGAAGGACAAGACAUCACCACAGCAACAAUCAUGUAGCAACCAGGCCACGCCCACACGCCAGGCAGCCAAUGAAGAGGAUGGAAUAGAAGACUGCAAGGCCCCUGUUAGACCUGGGUCUGCGGGUGGGAACAGGACUUCCCUGAACAGUCACUUGCCAGGAAGUGGAGAUGUUGUCGAAGCUUCGGCUACAGAGCUCGGGGUGAAGAGGAAACAGCAGAGGAACAAGAGAGCCCCCAGGGCGGCAGGAGACAAACCACCGUCCCGCUACAAGAAGAGGAAGAAGGAGGAAGAGGAGAAGCAGAUGGUCUACUCAAACUCAGACACCAUGAUGACUCUUAAACAGCUUUCUCUCCUGCCCCUCAUGGAGCCUGUGGUGGGGGUCAACCUGGCCCUCUUCUCCCCCUAUGGCAGUGGCUCCCUGCAGGGGGACAACCGCCUGACCGGGUCCUUUGGUAACGCUUCCCUGGACGGAGUCUCAGACUACUACUCCCAGCUCAUCUACAAGCAGAACAACCUGAGCAACCCCCCUACCCCCCCGGCCUCCCUGCCCCCCACGCCUCCUCCGGUUGUCCGACAGAAGAUGGUCAACGGCUUCGCCACCACCGAGGAGCUCACCAGAAAGGCUGCCGUCCUGGGCAGCCAUGACGUGUCCAGAGUGGUGUUACUGCGCCAGCAGGCAGCCGGAGCAGCAGUGGCAGGCUUCCAGACAGACCCAGACCUCCUGGCCCAGGCCCUGACCCAGACCCCCAGGGCUGUGGACGUGCCAGCCUCCCUGCCCACUCCUCCUCACAACAACCAGGAGGAACUCAGAGGCCAGGAUCACUGCAGUGACAGAGACUCGCCCGACAGCUUCGUACCGUCUUCCUCGCCAGAGAGCGUGGUCGGCAUGGAGAUCAGCCGGUAUCCCGACCUCUCCAGGGUGAAGCAGGAACGCCCCUCCCCCCCUGUCUCCCCCGUCAUACCCAUGAUGCCAAGCGCCUGGGGAAAAGGCACAGAGGUGAAACAGGAGAUCAAGGCAGAGCCAUCUCAGUUCCCAUCCUGCACCAACGCUGGUUUGGUCUCCAUAGCGAUCACCAUCAAUCCUCUGGCUGCCCAGAACAUUCCAGGCGUGAUGGCAGCGGUAGCAGACCUGCUGCGUGUGCGGGUGCCAGGCCACUACGAGGUGAGCCGUGCCCCAGAGAGGAGCUCCCUGGCCCUGCUGGCUGGAGUCAAGGUACCACCCACCCAGGCCCUAGACCCCAGUCACCCAGCCCUCGCACCUCCACAGCUGGGCAUGAGGCUCCACAGACCCCCUGGACCUCCUGGAGCUCCCACCAUCACUGUUCCAGGUGCCAGAGGGGACUACAACCAACAUGGUGGAACCGGCCCUGGGGUCAAGCCUCAAUGGUGUUGCCACUGCAAGGUAGUAGUGCUGGGAAAUGGAGUCCGGAAGUCCACCAAAGAUCUUCUCAAGCAGGAGAGCCAGGGUAGGCCUGAGGCCAGCCUGGUGUUCUGCAGCCAAAACUGCUCUGUCCUGUUUGCUGCCGCCCUGCAGACCAAGCCCACAGGCAGCAAGGUCAGUGCCCCCCUCCUGCAGCCUGACGAGAACGUUCCGGAGAGUCCGUCUAGGAUCCAGCACCAGUACAGCGCCAACACCUCCACCCUUGAUGUCCACUGCCUCCCCCAGCUCACCCCCAAAUCCUCCCCUCCCUCCUCCCCGCCCCUCACCUUCCCCUCCUCCUCGGCCAUGGACACGCCCCGCCUCGCCACGGCUACCUCCAAACCCGAUGGCCUCAAGGUCACUGUCAAGCUCAAGCCGCGGCCACGAGCGAUUCACACCUCAGGAGGUGAAGACGAGUCAUCGUCGUCGUGGCGAUCGCCGGGUUCUCAGAGCAAGCGCUGGAAGGGGCUCCGCUGGAGGAGGUGGAGCAUCCGCAUCUUGGUGCCCUGCCACAACGCAUCACUUCCUGCCGAGGAGGAAGUGGAUGAGCUCCUGAAGAAACUGGGGGCCACGCUGAGGCCAGACCCGUUGCCUAGAGACCAUCGGCGGUGCUGUUUCUGCCACGAGGAGGGUGACGGGGUGACAGAUGGGCCGGCCCGGCUUCUCAACCUGGACCUGGACCUCUGGGUCCACCUGAACUGUGCUCUGUGGUCCACCGAGGUGUACGAGACCCAGGCAGGCGCUCUUAUCAACGUGGAGCUGGCGUUGAGGCGUGGCCUGGCUGUGCGCUGUGCCUACUGCCAGCAGACGGGCGCCACCAGUGGCUGCCACCGCCUGCGCUGCACCAACGCCUACCACUUCACCUGCGCCACCAAGGCCCACUGCACCUUCUUCAAGGACAAGACCAUGCUCUGCCACCUGCACCGGCCGCGAGGCGGGGCCGGGGACAAGUCCAGCUCCUUGGCCCUCCUGGCCUCCGGGGGCAGUCCGCCCCUGGGCUCCUACGAGCACGAGCUGCGCUGCUUCGCCGUGUACCGGCGCGUGUACGUCCAGCGCGACGAGGCGCGGCAGGUGGCCAGCAUCGUACAGCGGGGGAACCGCCAGCACACCUUCCGCGUGGGCAGCCUGGUGUUCCGCGCCGUGGGGAGGCUCCUCCCCCAGCAGCUUGCCGCGUUCCACUCCGACUCGGCCAUCUUCCCCGUGGGCUACCAGGCCAGCCGCAUCUACUGGAGCAUGCGCCAUGGCAACAGGCGCUGCCGCUACGUGUGCUCUGUGGUGGAGAAGGAGGGCCGGCCUCACUUCACCAUCAAGGUGGUGGAGAAGGGACACGACAACCUGCUGCUCUCCGGAUCCACUCCCAAAGCUGUGUGGGACCAGGUUUUAGAGCUGGUGUCUGAGCGACGUGCUGAGAUCGGAACCCUCAAGCUAUUCCCCAUCUACCUAAAGGGAGAGGACCUGUUUGGACUCACUGUGUCUCCUGUCACCAGGAUAGUAGAGUCGCUCCCCGGUGUGGACGCGUGUGAGAACUAUCGCUUCCGGUAUGGCCGCAACCCCCUGAUGGAGGUACCCUUAGCCUUCAACCCCAGCGGCAGUGCUCGCUCUGAGGCCAAGAGCAGCUCGCAUGCCAAGAGGUUGGUCCUAAGACCGUACACCCUCACCAGUAGUGGAGCGUCCAAGUCCCUGCAGGCAGGGUCGGUGGGUGUGGUCAGCGCGGUGGGCGUGGCCCCGGGCCUGCUGGUGUUGCCAGGGGAGAUUGGGGUGGGCGGAGCGUCCCAUAGCAAGCAGUCCAAGUCGUACCAGUACAGGAGGAUGAAGAUGGAGUGGAAGAGCAACGUCUACCUGGCCAGGUCUCGCAUCCAGGGACUGGGUCUGUAUGCUGCCAGAGACAUAGAGAAGAACACCAUGGUGAUCGAGUACAUCGGCUCAGUCAUCCGCAACGAGGUGGCCGAACGCAAGGAGAAGAUGUACGAGUCACAGAACCGAGGGGUGUACAUGUUCCGUAUCGACAACGAGCACGUCAUUGACGCCACCAUCUCUGGAGGCCCUGCCAGGUACAUCAACCACUCCUGUGACCCCAACUGCAUCACUGAGGUUGUGACUUUGGAGAAAGACCUCAAGAUUAUCAUCAGCUCCUGCCGCAGGAUUGCGCGAGGAGAGGAGCUGUCCUAUGACUACAAGUUUGACCUGGAGGACGAUCAGCACAAGAUCCCCUGUCACUGUGGAGCCCUUAACUGCCGCAAGUGGAUGAACUAGAUCACACUGGCAACAAGGACUCACACUCACACAUGUACCCUCUCUCUCUCUCACACACACACAUACACACAUGGAAACAAACACUCUUGCAUUCCUUUGUUUUGGUUCAUUACAGGCCCUCUGGUCUCCAGUCUCAAGCCUUUUCUUCUUUCUUUUUUUUUCUUUUUUUUUUACUUCAGCUGUUUUCAAACAAGUUUCAGGAAAAGAGACAGACCGCAGAACUGUUAGAGAGAGGAGGGGGUUGGAGGGAAGGAAGAUUCUACAUUUUCAAAUAAGAAACAAGAGGCUAUUUAUCCCCAGACUAUCGCCAUCUGCCUUCUCACGAAAUUAUACGACUCAGAGUGGUUUUGGGUUCAUCUCCAUAAAGUGUGAAAGAAGAUAUGAAGUUGGUUGCGUUUCUGUAUGGAGUUACUGGGGGCGUGGGGGGAUAGUUGGAAGGAGGGGUGGGGGAGGGCAGGGCAGAGGGGUUUGCAUUCACCAGCCAACGAGACCAGAGGAGUCCGGUGCUGGCGACAGCCUUAUUUACAUAGAGAGGCCGGUCCUCAGAAAACAGAUCUAUUCAGAUAUAUAUCUAUACAGCUAUAUAGGCAUGUUGACACCACUGAACAAGGAAUGUACUGUAAGGACUUCCUUAGAGGGCAAAACUAAGGGAAUAAUAACUUGCACUAAAACAAGAAAAUAUACAGUAGAAAAAUACUUGAUUCCAUAAGUCGUUUUUCUUUUCUUUUUUCUUACUCUCCCUCUUUUGAUUUGUGUAAGAUAAGAUUUUUUUUUGUAUUUAUUACUUAAUGAAGCUAUUUUCUAAACAAUGAGGAGAGUAGCGUUCUUCUUCUUUACCGUGUGUAAAUAUAGGUCAGAUGAGGAGAACAUGAUUGACCAAAAGCUACCUUAACUUCACCUGUUUGGCAUAUUCUCUCAUUUAGUGUUUCUCUCCACAGAAAAGAAGUAUUUAAGAAGGAUGCCUCUAGAUCAUUGUAUGAGUUUAUGUGCUGUAAACAUCUGUACAGAAUGUGUAAAAAAGAAAAUCAAGAGUAUUUUUGUUGUAUUUAGAAUGUAGUUCAGUUGUCUCUAAAUCUUCUGACCACUUGAAGAAUCAUGCUCACGAUCUUCUUAUGUUUUUGUUUUCCUCAACAAUGUUUUCAGUCAUUUGUAUAUUGAACAGGGGCAAUCAACGAAUCGCCAGAGUGGCGAUCUUGACGAUUUAUUUGAUUGGUCAAUCGUGACAUAAUUUUGUUUUGUAUAGUCUGAUGAGUAUAAAAAGGAUGAACUGUGAAGUUUUAAGUUUAAAGCCUCUUAUGUAAAACAACCUGUACAGAAGCCUGUGUACACCUGCUCUGAUCUUACUGAUUGUCAUCAACAUCACAGACACUUAUAAUAAAUGCCUUUCUUUCACUCAAAACCUUGCAGAACAUUCGAAUCAUGCUUUGAAAAUUAAAUUGUGUGUUGUUUUUUGUUUACAUUUCUUUUUUUAACAAAAAAAAAAAAAUGCUGUAAAUUGCUGACGAGUCUUUGGGUAGCUGGGGUUGUGGGGAAAAUGGUGUUACGUUUUUGACUUUUGACUCAAUUACGUAAUCAAUAAUCUGUUACUGGUGGCAUUUCGCUUGCUAGUUUUGAAAUGAAGUUUUUGUUUGUUUGUGAGCCCACAGUAGUUGACUGAACUGUACUGUCAACUCUACACCAUGUUGGUGGCUCCAACACUCCUUGUAUUAUACAGAACACACGGCAUGAUGUAUUUUUUAAACUUUCAGAAGAAUCGAUUGUACAUAGUUUUCCUUAAUGGUUGUAACAAAAUCAAAAAAAAUCUUCUUGGGUAUUUUCUCUUGUACAUUCAGCUCAUCCAGACCUGCUCACCAGUUCUCCUGUAUAGUAGUUACCCUAAUGUUGAAACAUGAAGCCUUUUUGAAUUAUACAGAGUGAUAUUGGGUUUUUGGAAAUUGUUGAUUCAGAUUUAGGAAUCAUUUACAAUAAAAUAAAAAUAUUUUACAUCUUGAA